AUGAAUGGGACGACGUUGCAUGGCAAUCUCACGGGGGCCCCAAUUCUCGAUCAAUCAAGCUCCGCAGCUUUUGUUUUUGCGGUCCUCGUGUACGGAGCGAAUUCACAUUAUCUCUAUAAAAAGGGUAUAGGGUUUCACCCUCUGAGGUAUCAGAGUCUGAAUGAGGGUUUGGGUAUGGCGGUAGCUGUGAUACCUGCUGGUGUCACAAUUGCAUUGGUUGUAAGUAUGAUAGGACAAUUUUGGUACACCUGGUUACAAGGAGGUCGUAUUUUAGGAUUUGAUCAAGAAGGUCAAGAAGAUGGUUCGUGA